AGCUGCUCAAACCUCGGCCGGCCGGCAGUGGAAGAAAGCUCGACUGUACAAAAAAGCAAAUUCUCUACUCUCAAGCUAAAUCUUCACUUCACUGAAUCAAGAUGAGCGCCAACGCCCGACCUCCUACAGCGCUGUCCAGGAUGGAGCAGGCGAAGGACAUGAAGGAGGAGGACAAGUUGUACAGAUACGACGGCGUGUUGUACCCGAGCCUCAUGUGCCCUGAGGAACACCUGAAGGCUCUGAAGAACUUCGAGGCCAGAGAGGACGACGUCAUGCUGGUGGCUUAUCCCAAGUGUGGUUUUAACUGGAUGGUGGGAGUGUUGAGGAAGAUCAUCGCAGAGGCCAAAGGGGUGAAAACGGAAUCGAAGAUGCCUCCGCUGAUCGAGUUUUUCGGGCCAGAUGUCAUAAAGACCGUAAAUGAGGCUCCAUCCCCGAGGUUAUUGGGGACUCACGUGCACCCCGACAACAUGCCCGCCUCCUUCCGUGCAAAGAAAACCAAGAUCCUGGUGAUCUUCAGGAACCCCAAAGACACCGCGGUGUCCUUCUAUCAUUUCUCCAACAACAACCCGGUCCUCCCAUCCGGCCAGUCCUGGGAUGCCUUCUUCUCCGACUUCAUGAGUGGAGACGUUCCCUGGGGCUCGUACUUCGAUCAGGCUCUGGCCUGGGAGAAGAGGAUGGACGACCCUGACGUCAUGAUUGUCACCUACGAAGAGCUAAAGGAGGACCUGAGCGACGGCGUCCGUCAGAUCUCCACCUUCUUUGGCUUCAGCCUGACGGAGGCUCAGGUGCAGCAGAUCGCAGAGCAGAGCACCUUCAGCGCCAUGAAGCAGAGCUCCUCCAACUCCCACGGCAAUAUGGGAAACGUCUUCUUCAGAAAAGGUGAGGUCGGGGACUGGAAGAACCACUUCACACCAAAGCAGAGCCAAGAGAUGGACGACGCCUUCAACAAACACCUGGCCGGGACCAGGCUGGGAGCCAAACUCAACUACCAGCUGCAUUGUAAAUAGGAAGAAGAAAAGAAAGGGAAAGAGGGAGGGAAAGUAUGUCGAGGAACUUGUGAUUGUGAAACAUUGUGGCGAGAUUAGAGGGCAUUAUGUUACAUUAUGCUUGUGCUGUAAUGUUGCAUAUUAUUAUUAUUGUACGUGAUCAGAAUUAUGACAUGGCAAUAAAAAUAAUUUCCACAACA